UCAUCUCUAAAGAGCAGCCAAAUGCCAAAAUAAACCUUGGCGGAAAAUAACCCACUAAAAAUCCAAUUUUUUGCAGUGUCAAAGGCAGUGAGAGGUAUACUUGACGAGCAAUGCCAUGGCGUCUCAUAUUGGCGACAAUCCGCAGGAACAAAGUUCAACAAAUGAGAAGGCAAGCAACACAUCUACAAGAUCUACCAAAAAGAAUCCUUUCCGAACAGCUUAAAAAUGUAAAACAAUUAUCUUCAGAAGCAUGUCUAUUUAAAGUGCACGAGAGGCUGCGUAAACCAAACCCAGAGGCUUAUACACCUUUGACAAUAUCCAUCGGGCCUUACCAUCAUGGGAAGCCGGAGUUGAGGAAAAUGGAAAGGUUGAAGGUAUUGUAUACACAGUCCCUUUUAAACAGAGCAGGAGGAGUGGGUGUGGAGGAGUGUUGGAAGAAAUUAAAGGAUUUGGAAGGCAAAGCGAGGAGCUAUUAUGGUGAUGACAUACUAAAAGUUAGAGGGGAUGAAUUCGUGAAGAUGUUAUUGCUUGAUGGUUGCUUUAUAGUGGAAUUUGUUAUUAGACAAUCAGGUCUUUUAAUGAUGCAAAAACGCAUAUUUGAUCCCAUUUUCAUGCAGAUUCAAGGGAUGGUAUGUAACAUUCUUCGUGACAUGUUGCUCCUGGAAAAUCAACUCCCCUUCUUUGUUCUGCAAGCAAUCUAUGACAUGAUUAGUAAUCCUGGCAACCCAGAAUUCUCAGAGAUGGUGAAAAUUGCAUUUCGGAAUAAGAUACCAAAGAUGAACAUUAUCUCCCUACUCAAUACUCAGGUCAACCCCCAAGAGAUAAAGCAUUUACUUCAAAUAGUUCACAUUCUCUGCCAACCCCAAAAUAAUGGGCAGAUUCAUCCGCAACAGAAGACAUGUUCUUCUAAUUCUUCUUGCUGCUUUUGGAAACAACCACAACAAAUUAUAGAUGAUGACGAGGCUGCUUUAUUAUGCAGUAUCCGUACUGCAAGUGAGCUUCAAGAAGCUGGAGUUCGCUUCAAAAAGGUUGGCAAGAUUAGUAACACCUCUUCUAAUCAAACCAUAAGUCUAUUCGAUAUAAAGUUCAAUCACGGCGUAUUGGAGAUCCCCUCUUUCGCUCUCUAUCAUCCAACAGAAACCUUCUUCAGAAAUCUCAUAGCCUACGAGCAACAUUCUCCGGAUGUGCAUCCCAUGUAUUUCACAGAUUAUGCCAAGUUCAUGGAUGAUCUUAUUAAUACAGAGAAGGAUGUCAACUUACUUCGUCUUAAAGAUGUUUUUAUAAAUGGACUGGGAGAUGACAAAGAAGUGACCCGUCUUUUUAACGACCUUUGCAAAGGGGUUACAUAUUACAGUGGUGAUGGCUUCUAUUACAAAGAUCUGUGCAAGGAAUUGAAUCUACAUUGCAAAAAACUCAGGAAUGUGUUGAUGGCAAGACUCAGACACGAUUAUUUUCACACUCCAUGGGCAGGGAUUUCCACCUUUGCAGCUAUACUGCUUCUUUCGCUCACUAUUGCACAGACUGUUCUAGCUGCGCUUGAUUAUCUAUAUAAGUGAUUAAUUUAAUCAAUAUAAUCGAAUAAGUGCGUGUGCUAGUGUUACGUUGUUAGAAUUGAAUGUUAGAACGAAGUAUCAAGUAUGCAUGUAUAUUUAUUAUUUUCAAGUGGUUUAUGUAUGCAAUGAAUUAUUAUUAUUAUUGAUGAGGACAUGGGACCCGGGGGAAAGUGUUGGCCCAUGGUGUCCUUUUUAUUUGGAACA